AUGUCGUUGCUGGAACAGUCCAAGCCGAUAAGUGCUAAAAUAAAGGACCCCACCUUGAACCCAUUCAAUCUUUCGAAUUAUACUAUACAUGAAGAUUCAGAGAUCACUACCAGCGAUGAGGAAUCAGGCUCCUUUUCCAGCAGCGAACAGUUGGAACAUAUGGAGAGCUCCAAGGUCCUCAGCAUACCGACAAGUAUAUCGGAGAAACGGAGUGCGGCAUGGUUUGCAGGCAGAGCUAAAUCUUCCGGAGUCGCUGAAGAUAUCAAGACUACAGAGGCGCAUCCAAUAGUAUUGACGUCCUUCCGCAAAAGUAUCUCAUCCUUUUUUCGACGGGAUCCCGCUGCAGGCCCCGGAGGAGAUAACGACACAGAGGAAUAUAAGUCGGCAGAAGCAGCAGCAGCAGCAGAGAAUGCCAAAAAAAAACACACAGCUGAACUUAAGUCCUGGAGGAAGUGGAGAGGAAGGCAUUUUCAUCGCAAAGACGGCACUGUAACCGAGCCAGAGCCAGAUCUUGAACGCGACUGCGAUGAAAAUGAAUGGGAAAAAGAACCCUCGUUUGAUACCACUGAUAUCGGUAAGAUUGAUGUAUUGGACCAUGAUGCAGACGCAUACGCGACGGAUUACGAAUUAAGCGUAAAGAAGAAUGAGGUCAAUUAUGCAAAGUUGACUCGAAUCGACAUCAAAGAUUUGUAUCCAGAUGCGGGUUCGGCAGGCCAGGAUGCAGACGAAGAGGAUGCCGUUCAGGAAGAGGACGAAAGUGAUGUGAGCUCAAUCGAGGAACAAUCCAAAAAAUUGAAGGUGAAAUUUGUGGAUGAGUUGGUAACGCCACAACGGUCGGUCAACAGCGCCGCAGUCCCAGAGCUAACUGGAGCGCCGGAGGGUCCAUAUGCAGACAUAGAAGCGGGCGUAAAUCCAAGACUAGAGGCCGUUAAAGAGAACCAGGAAGGGUUUGCCUCACAUGAGCCAUCGAGGGUAGAUGCCAAGUACGAUGACAAGUAUGAUGCCAAGUACGACACUGUCAGACAGCACGACACUAUCAGGCAACAUGAUAUCAGCAAAAUUAGUGACACGAUACGGCAGAGUCUUCUAAAGGUGGAUAUCCCGAAACCAGACCCUAUCACACCUAUGCCAGAGGAACCACACUCGAACUCCAUGAUUUACAACUUCAUUUAUGAAAGUCCAAACACCAAGAACAAAACUAUUGACCUAUGGCAAGUAGACCAUAAUUCUGUUACAUUUGGGAAAUUUAACGAAAUCAUUCAAUUACUCAACGGUGACUCCGGCCGGAUUCGCUUCAGGGACUCUUUGGUGGAAAUACUGGACUACGCGCUAUUGUUAACCGCACAAAAGGUUGAACAGGUCAAAAAGCUCGAGUCAUGCUGCAAGGCAGCUGAGGAGAAAAGUGCUACGGAUCGAGAGGCACGUUUGGCGAUGCAGAAUGAAGUGGUCGAGCUCCGGGACAAAAUUUCGCACAUUCUUGGCGAACUAAAUACUAAGAAGGAGGAAUUACUCCGUUUGUCCGAACAAGUCUCUUCAGGAAACCAGGACACCCAGCGCCUCGAGCAAGAGCUUGAGCGCGUUCAACGUGCCCUAUCCUCGAAGAACGAUGAUAUCUCAAGAAUGUGCACGGAGUGGGAACGCGAGCGCUCAGAGCUUCGACAGGAGUGCGCACAAUCUACUCAAAACCGGAACGCAUGCACGGAGAAGUAUCUCAAAGUUCAAGGGGAGUACGACGCCCUCGUUGGGAAAUGGAAGAACAUGCAGUUCGACUAUUCGCGCAUAGAGGCUGAAAAGAAGGCACUCGAAGAAAAGUUCCACGGUGCAGUAGCGGCACUCACCGCUAAUGAGAAUGCAGAAAGAAAGCUCAAAGACGAAAAUGCUCAGUUAGAAGUUUCGCUCAAAACUAAAUCGGAGGCUCUGGACAAGGCAGUCCGUGCCAAUCAACAGCUCCGGCGUGAUUGCCAACGCGAGAGAAACAAGCUCUUGGACAUGAAAAAUGAAUCCCAAACGUUCAAGAAAUAUAUAUCCUACAUUGAAUGCUAUAAGAACGAGUCUCUCCAAUUCGCGCUCCAGUUUCUUGUCAACUUCCGCCCAAUCAUCGCCGAGCAGGACGUCAAGAACGUACAGGGACUCAUCGACAAGUUUAGCAAGACUAAAAUGUGGGAUAAGGAGCUUCCUGUAGCUUCCGAGGAAGACCCAGCCAGCAACACUACAGCAUUUCUCGAUAAUGCUCAGCGCGAAAACCAGCUGAUAACUGAAAUGUACCAGGGUAUCCUAAAGCAGCUCUUGCACAUGGUCACCAACAAGUUCAUUGAAGGUCAGCGCGCUAACAAAUUCUUAACUCAGCAGCUUAGAAGCUUGAGAACAGACGACGAGGACAAGAAUAAAUACAUCGACCAGAUUUUGCAGGAGUCGAGCGACCUAAAGGAUAAGCUUGAGAAAAAGCGCAGCCAAGUACGCUUGUUGGAAGAGACGCAGAGGCAAAUCCAGGCGAAAAUAUCUAGAUUGGAAAAGAAAUUAGGUAAGAAGCAAUAA